AUGGCUCACGAGACCUUUGAAUCUCUGCCUCCAUUUCCAGAUGACAUUCCAACCAUGCCGCUGGUUCGCCUAUCUCUGGCAAAACUUCUUCAGCACGAUGGCGAAGAAUAUCGGCAAUUUUGUCGUGCAUGCGAGGAUAUCGGAUUCUUUUACUUGGAUCUCCGCAACCAAGAACUGGGUAACUCAAUCCUCUCGGAUGCUGAUGAGCUAUUCAGAAUCAGCGAGCAAUUAUUUGCGCUAGACCUACAGGAAAAGUCCAAGUAUGACCAUAGCAAGAAGAGGUCCUAUUAUGGCUACAAACCCCUUGGAGCGGGUCAGGUUGAUGAAAAGGGGAAUCUUGACAGUGUCGAAUUUUACAACAUUGCCAAAGAUGAUCUUUUCGCAGUAAUGGAGCCACUACCACAACCAGACGUUAUUCAAAACAACAAAGACAGAUUGAAGUCGUUUGUUUCCAAUGCUCACGCCAUCGUCAGGCUUAUCCUCGAUCUCCUGAAUGAGCAUCUACAGCUCCCUCCGUCCACCCUAGCAAACAUGCAUCGCUUCGACCAUCCCAGCGGCGACCAAAUACGUAUGACGAGAUCUCCACCACAGCCGAUGAACGACGAAGUCCCACGAAUUACCGGGCAUACUGAUUUUGGCAGCGUCACUGUCCUUUUCAAUCGCCUCGGUGGUCUCCAAGUCCUCCCUCCAGGCCAAGACGCAGAGUGGAAAUGGGUCAAGCCUCUCCCUGGACAUUGCAUAAUCAAUCUCGGCGAUUCUCUAGUCAAGUUUACAAAUGGCCUAUUGCGUUCGAAUAUACAUCGAGUUAUUUCUUCGCCAGGUGCACAAGCAGGAUCAACAAGAUAUAGCUUGGUCUAUUUCUCGCGGCCGGAAGAUGAUGUUCUUUUGAAGAGGUUACAAGGGUCGACUGCCAUUCCUCCGUUGCCGGACGGUGUGGUCGAAGAAGAUGUGAACAGCAAGGAUUGGAUUAUACGUCGUGCUUUGGCGAGACGUACGAAUCUUCACGAUAAAGUAGAUUGGGAGAGUUCAAGAGGGACAGAGCAGAUCAGUCGACGGAUUAAAUUGUAG